UUCCAGUCGUUGUUUUAGACCGGACGUAUUUUUAAAGCGACACAGCCACCAUGGACGCUGUACCCGAGCGUGUUUUGGAGUACCUGACAGAAGUCGAGGAGGCAGCUGAGGAUGUUCUCACCACUAAACAACAGAUAGUGGACCUGGACACAAAGAGAAACAGGAACAGAGAGGCAUUGAACGCACUGAAAAAUGAAAUGUCAGAUUCAGAGAAAGUGAAGGUUUGCAUCGGAAACAUGUUCAUCAAAUUUCCCAAACUGAAGACGAGAGAGAUGAUUCAGAAAGACCAAGAGCAGCUGGACAAGGAGAUAAACAACCUCCGCACAGGACUGAAAGCAAAAGUCAACCGUCUAAAUGAGAUGCAAGGAAAACCUGAGCUGAGAGGCUACAAUCUUUCUCCUCUGUCCACGGAUGAAGUCAGAGCCAUUAACAGCCUCUUAAAGAGAUGACAUCUGAUCUGCUGACUGCUGAAUAGGACAUAAGGACAAGAGAGCAUGUUGACUAGAUGCUGAAGAGCCUCAGCAACCUCUGGAUCAGCUCAUGCUAACUACGUUAGCCUCCUGGACGAUUGACAACAAGGAUGUAAUGACAUCUCCAUCACCAGCCUUUAGGACAUUUUUUUUAAUUUUGUCAAACAUCAAAUAUUGUAUUCUCGGUCUCAAGUCUACACAAAAAGCAAAGUUAAUACAGAAAGUGUAUUUAGCCACUCUCUCUUUCCUCUCACUUUUCACAUUUUCGAGCCAUCUUGAUGAACUGAGUGCUGUAAAACAGUCUCUGCAGUGUAACCUGCAUUUGUUAAUAGAGAUGUUUCCAUACCAUUUGUUCCCACCCGAUACUGAUACCUGAAGUUGCAUAUGGGCCGAUACGGCAUACCAAUCUGAUACCAGCAGGUUAAAAACAUAAAUAAAUAAAUAAAUAGGUCAUAAAUCAUAAAAGAUAAAAAAAAUCUCUUUUCAUGGUCUGGUGCUUUGGGCCUCCCCUCUGACUAAACUUGGAAACGGCUCCCCUUCAGCCCCCAUUUAGUUUAUUUGAUUAGUUUCGCACAAGUACCGGAUGCCUAAGGAAUCACGAUUAUGAUAUCUUAUCCCAUAGACAUUCAGCAAUUAAACCUAAUAUUGCUGUUUGAUGUAACUCAGACUAUGGCCACCAGAUGGCGGUGCAGUGCAGGUGUGUUAUUAUAAGCUAUGUAACCCUCAACAGAAUGCGAUCUCGGGGUUUAACUUGUGUUUUCCAGAGCGAAUGUUUGUUUUCAUAUUGUUUAACAAUUGUUUGCAUGUUUUUAUUUAAUACGUUUAUGAUUCUGGGUGUUUUUGUGCGCAGAGUGAGUUGCUCUCACUCUGUGACUUCAGUAUGAGUUUUUGUUGUCUCUUGUUUUCUGCGGGUUGUUUUUGUCUCAGACUCAUACAUACCGUACAUCCUUAAUUACAAUGUAAUCCAGGAAUAAACUGUAAGUAGGUG